GAUAAACAUCUUAAGUAUUAGACGGGGGUGGCACUUACUUAUAGCCUCUUUCUGCUGCUGCCCUGGGCUGAAGACGUCCCAUGUCCCACCGCAAGUUCUCGGCUCCCCGCCACGGCCACCUGGGCUUCCUCCCGCACAAGCGGAGCCGGCGCCACCGAGGGAAGGUGAAGACGUGGCCCAAGGACGACCCCAGCAAGCCCGUGCACCUGACGGCGUUCCUGGGCUACAAAGCCGGCAUGACGCACACCCUGCGGGAGGUGCACAGGCCCGGGCUCCGCAUCUCCAAGAGGGAGGAGGUGGAGGCGGUGACCAUCAUCGAGACCCCCCCCAUGGUGGUGGUGGGAGUCGUGGGGUACGUGGAAACGCAGCGGGGCCUGAGGAACUUCAAGACGGUGUUUGCUGAGCACAUCAGUGACGAGUGCAGGCGCCGCUUCUACAAGAACUGGCACAAGAGCAAGAAGAAGGCCUUCACCAAGUACUGCAAAAAAUGGCAGGAUGAGGAUGGCAAGAAGCAGCUGGAGAAGGAUUUUUCAGCCAUGAAGAAGUACUGCAAGGUCAUCCGUGUCAUCAUGCACACCCAGAUGAAGCUUCUCCAGCUGCGGCAGAAGAAGGCCCACGUGAUGGAGAUCCAGCUGAACGGCGGGACCGUGCCGGAGAAGGUUGACUGGGCCCGCGAGAAGCUGGAGAAGCAGGUUUCUGUGCACAGCGUCUUCAGCCAGAACGAGAUGAUCGAUGUCAUUGGCGUGACCAAGGGCCACGGGAUGAAAGGGGUGACGAGCCGUUGGCACUCCAAGAAGCUGCCCAGGAAGACGCACAAGGGCCUACGCAAAGUGGCCUGCAUCGGAGCCUGGCACCCGGCCCGGGUGGGCUACUCCAUUGCCCGGGCUGGCCAGAAGGGCUACCACCACCGCACCGAGCUCAACAAGAAGAUUUACCGCAUUGGCCGCGGGAUCCACGUGGAAGAUGGCAAACUGGUGAAGAACAACGCCUCGACGAGCUACGACAUGACGGAGAAGUCCAUCACCCCCCUGGGUGGCUUUCCUCACUACGGGGAGGUCAACAACGACUUCCUCAUGCUGAAGGGCUGUGUCAUGGGCACCAAGAAGCGAGUGCUCACUCUGCGGAAGUCCCUCCUGGUGCACACAAGCCGCCGCUCUCAGGAAGUCAUUGAUCUCAAGUUCAUUGAUACCACUUCCAAGUUUGGCCACGGCUGCUUCCAGACCGCUCAGGAGAAGCGGGCUUUCAUGGUGAGUGGUAUCCCGUGCCAGCUCCAGCUCCCAGGCCUUGCUCACAGCUGGGCCUGGAGCAACUCACUGACUCCAGCCAAGCAUCUGUUUCUAGGUACAACCACAGCCAAGUGAGUGAUCAGGACUGUCUUGCCUGAAAGACAGGCAUGAAUGCAAUUCACACACUAGAAAUUAUGCUAAAGAAGAACAUGAUGGUUGUGUGAGUGAUCCAGGACAGCCCAGCUAGCAAAUAAUUUACCAUAUGGCCAACCAGUUUCCAUUCACCGCAGGAAGUUUUAAACAAGCAGUUAACUUGGCAGCUGUUGCAGUGGACAUAUGGUCUCUUUCACCCAUAAUUGUGCAUUUCUUUGAUUUGGCUGGAAUGAUUUAUAGCUUUAAUGUUCUUAGGAGGAAAAGGUUGGGUCAAAUUUAACCACAAUCUUGAGAUUCUUUUGUCAGGAAGCUUUUAA